GCCCGCCCCCGGGGCGCGGAGCGCGGCUGUGCGGGAGAGACAAUAGAGGGGCCGGGCGGGCUCCGCGCAAACCUGCGCGCCCCGGGGAUGGAUGGCGAGGAUGCGGGAGGCGGCAGGGCUGCUGUGAAGAAAGUACCGGGGCUGGCCGGAGGCUGGAGAGCGGGACAUGUUGCUGGUGCCCCCCUGAUGCUCCCCGGGCGGCGGCUCUGCUGGAGAAGGGGAGGCUGGUGAGGAGCUGGAGGACGGCGAGGAGAGGCCACGGUGGGGGAAAUCCGAGGCUCCGGCUGGGAAACCAUGGGGAGAUGCAAUGGGAGAUGUACGCUGGUCGGAUUCUGCUGCCUGCAGCUGGUAGCGGCGCUGGAAAGGCAGAUCUUCGAUUUCCUGGGCUACCAGUGGGCACCCAUCCUGGCUAAUUUUUUACACAUCAUGGCCGUUAUUUUGGGUAUUUUUGGGACCAUCCAGUACAGAUCCAAAUACCUCAUGAUGUACGCGGUGUGGCUGGUGCUGUGGGUCGGCUGGAACGCCUUCAUCAUCUGCUUCUACCUGGAGGUCGGACGCUUAUCGCAGGACCGAGACUUCAUCAUGACCUUCAAUACCUCACUGCACCGCUCCUGGUGGAUGGAGAACGGGCCGGGCUGCCUGGUGACGCCGGUGAUGAACUCCAACCUGGCGCUCGAGGACCAUCACGUCAUCACCGUCAGCGGCUGCCUGCUCGACUACCAGUACAUCGAGGUGGUGAGCAGCGCCACGCAGAUAUUCCUGGCGCUCUUUGGCUUCGUCUACGCCUGCUACGUCAGCAAAGUGUUCCUGGAGGAAGAAGACAGCUUCGACUUCAUCGGCGGGUUUGACUCCUACGGCUACCAGGCGCCACAGAAGACAUCACACCUACAGCUACAGCCGCUCUACACAUCCGGGUAACGUCCUCCCGCCCUGGAUCCGGCCCCGGCCCAGCGUGGGAGCCAGAGGCCACAGGACCCCCCCUAGAGCGAACUGUCCCACACCUGAUGACACGACCCCCGGCAAGGGGGGGGACACGACGCCGAGGCGCCCGGUCCCCUCCUGCCCCCCCACACCCCGCAAGACCCGCGAGGAUGGAGCUGGGAGCUGCACAUCCAUCCCACCCGGGAUGUCUCCGAGCCCAAACCUCUCACCCACAGCAGGACUGGGGGGGCUGGAUACCGGGGGACGCCCCCCCCAAGCUGUGCCACCCCCCCCAGGCUCCCACGGCCUCUCCGGGAUGGGGACAUGGGGACACGUGGGGAGGUGGCAUCACUCGCCGGACACUGUUUUCUUCUGUUUCUCCCAGCCUGGUUUUUCCUUGGAGCAGCGGGGUCCUUCCCAGCGUUCCGGGCAGCGGCAGGGCGGGGGCCUGGAGCGGGACUGGGGCAAAAACCAGCCAGUUUGGAGCAAACUGGGACUGGGAACGGGGAUAAACACCGCUUUGGGGACAGCAGGACACAGAGAGCAGCUUUGUCCUCCACGGGGUUGUGACAAUUCCCUGAAACACCUGGUUUGGGAGUCGGGCUGGCCCCAAAAAUGGGGGUUUUGCUCCCCAAAAGAAUUUUCCAGUCCCUCCUGGAUGGAUGAAACGGCAUCGAAGGGGCUGGAUCCGGGAUUCCGGGAUGCUCCCCCCGCCCCGAGGAGCUGGAUCCAUCCGUCAGCAUCUUGCCUUGCCCCCCCCCCCAAAAACCUGGGGAUGGGAGGGGGGGGAGGGAGACAGAACACCCCAAAAUCCCCCUGUGAGUCCCCCCCCGCCCCCCCCGCCCCAUCCCUGCUGAAUUUUUUGGGGGGGUUUUGCUCAAGUUUGGCAAUACUGACGCUGCUUUCGCCACAGCCCCUUUUCGGCUGUUUUAACGAAUCUAAUGAAUGUUUUGGGUUGGUUUGUUGGGUUUUGGGUUUUAUUUUUUUUUAAUUAUUGGGUCGGUUGGUUGGUUUUGGUUUUGUUUUUUUUUUUAAU